GAUGUUCUGGGCGUGGAGGUUCCAGGCCUCUAAGCACAGCGCCAGGUGCUGAGCAUGGCUGGGACACAGCUGCUAUCUGUGUGCCCUGUCUGGAAUCUGGUUUUGUAAGCUUCUCAUCAGCUCAUUCCUAUUUAUUUCCCCAUUUGACUAAUUUUUAUGUAACUAAAAUUUAAUGGUCAAGGGUUGGAAUUUUCCUCACAAUUUUUUUUUUUUGCUAUAGUUGUUCCCCCCCCCCUCUCAUUUUACACAGGGUCUUCUAAGCUGCCCAGGCUGGGCUGGACCUUGUGACCCUUCUGCCUCAGCCUCCUAGAAUUACAAGCCUGCACUACCACACCCACCUGGUUCUUUCCUUUUUAUAUGCCCCUGACGUUCAUGGGCUCCCAGACCAGGAGGGUCCUGCUCACGCCGCUGGUGCAGCCCCCACGCCCCUUCCGCGUCUCCAAUGCCGACCGCAGCAGCCGCCGUGGGGUGAUGGCCAGCAGCCUGCAGGAGCUCAUCGCCAAGGCCCUGGACGUGCUGGUCAUCACGGCGGGGCUGGUCACACUGGUGCUGGAGGAGGACGGCACCGUGGUGGACACGGAGGAAUUCUUCCAGACCCUGGGUGACAACACCCAUUUCAUGGUCCUGGAGGACAGGCAGAAGUGGACGCCGGCCAGCAAGUACGCGCCAGCUAGGCGGCCGCCGCGCUCCGGCAUCGCCAAAGUCACCCUGGACCUGUACAGGCUGCACCCCAAGGACUUCCUGGGCUGCCUCAACGUCAAGGCCACCCUGUAUGAGUUGUACUCUGUGUCCUACGACAUCCACUGCACCGGGCUCAAGGCCAUGCUGAGGAGCCUGCUGCGCCUCCUGUCCUAUGCCGCACAGGUGACCGGCCAGUUCCUGGUCUACGCGGGCUCCUAUGCGCUUCGCCUGCUGGACGACACAGCACCGCCAUCCCCCAAGUCGCAGGUGGGGAGCUGGCUCGGGUUCCUGCACAGAUAGGGGUGUCCACCCGUGGGGGACCGCAGGGUGAACCUCCGUCCUCAGCUCAAUAAAGUGCCCAGGAAGCCUUGUGUGUGACGGUGGUGCCUUCUGCUCCAAGGCGGGUGCGGCGCUCAGAGAGGCAGGCUGCGGCGGAAACCCACGGGCACUGAGGCGUCUGCAAGGCGGCCUUACUUCGCCGCUUGCCUCUCCCGCACUGGGGACUGAACCCGGGACUUCAGGCAGAGCUCUGUCCUCCGCACUUUUUGAAUUUUGAAAUUUUAGUUUUAUUAGUCCGUGUUUGUGGUACACCGUGUCCACGCUUCUCCCGGGGAGUGGGUGCAGACGCAGCGCCUCUCAGUUCCUUUUACACCACCCCUGUCUCCUGGUCCCUUCCCACCUGAAAAAGAUCUCCCUGUUUCCUAUCAUGUGUCCUUUAUUUUACUCUUUAGUUCAU